AGGAACAGACACGUCGGCCGUCACCAUGGAAUGGGCCAUGUGCCUCCUGCUCAACCACCCUGAAGUCCUGCAUGCGGCGACGGCCGAGCUCGACGCCAAGAUCGGCCAAGGGCGCAUGGCGGAAGAAGAAGACAUCCCCAAUCUCCCCUACCUCAACUGCAUCAUCAAUGAGACCAUCCGGCUGUACCCAGCUGUGCCGCUCCUGAUGCCCCAUGAAUCUUCCCGGGAUUGCACCGUCGGUGGCUAUGAUGUGCCUCGCGGCACAAUGCUUUUGGCGAACGCGUGGGCCAUCCACAGGGACCCUAACACAUGGGACGAAUCCGAGGAGUUCAAGCCGGAGAGGUUCCAGUGCGAGGGAGGGAAGGAGGUGGCAGGGCUUAGGAUGCUUCCGUUCGGGUCCGGGCGGCGCAAGUGCCCUGGGGAAGGCCUGGCCAUGCGACUGAUCGGGCUGGCACUCGCGACCUUGAUCCACUGUUUCGAGUGGGAGAAGCUUCCGGGGGAGGAGGUGGACAUGACUGAAGGGCAGCGGUUAUCCCUGCCCAAGGAAAAGCCAUUGGAAGUCGUGUGCACGCCACGCCACACCAUGCUUCAUGCUCUUUCACAGCUUUGAGAGUUGGCAUACAGUGUGGCUAAUACGUCCGUUCCUCCCGUUAAAAAGCUGCUAUUGGGUUCGUUGUCUGAUACGUGUGCUUUUGUCGUUAUGGACGCUUUUGUUCUUGUUGGUUGGCGUCUUACCUGUGUUUGUAGCCUAAUUAAUAAUUUAC